ACAGUGUGAACGAUCCCGGCAACAUGUCCUUCGUGAAAGAAACUGUGGAUAAAUUGUUAAAGGGCUACGACAUCCGCCUCCGGCCGGAUUUCGGAGGUCCGCCCGUCUGCGUGGGGAUGAACAUCGACAUCGCCAGCAUCGACAUGGUUUCCGAAGUCAACAUGGAUUACACUUUGACUAUGUAUUUUCAACAGUACUGGAGAGAUAAGAGGCUGGCUUACGCUGGCAUACCUCUCAACCUCACACUCGAUAACCGAGUGGCAGAUCAACUGUGGGUGCCUGACACUUACUUCUUAAAUGACAAGAAAUCAUUUGUACAUGGCGUUACCGUGAAGAAUCGAAUGAUUCGCCUUCACCCGGACGGAACGGUGCUUUACGGCCUCAGAAUCACAACCACUGCAGCUUGUAUGAUGGACUUGAGAAGAUACCCAUUGGAUGAACAAAACUGUACUCUGGAAAUAGAAAGCUACGGCUACACAACUGAUGACAUAGAGUUCUACUGGAGAGGUGGAGAUAAUGCAGUCACUGGCGUGGAGAGGAUUGAGCUUCCUCAGUUCUCCAUUGUGGAAUAUAGACUGGUGUCAAAGAAUGUUGUCUUUGCCACAGGUGCCUAUCCAAGACUCUCGCUGAGCUUCAGAUUGAAGAGAAACAUUGGAUACUUUAUUCUUCAAACCUACAUGCCCUCCAUACUGAUUACCAUUUUAUCAUGGGUGUCAUUCUGGAUCAAUUAUGAUGCAUCAGCAGCAAGAGUUGCCCUUGGAAUUACAACUGUGCUGACUAUGACAACAAUCAACACUCAUCUGCGAGAGACUUUGCCUAAAAUUCCAUAUGUUAAAGCCAUUGACAUGUAUCUCAUGGGCUGCUUUGUAUUUGUCUUCUUGGCCUUACUUGAAUACGCCUUUGUCAAUUACAUUUUCUUUGGAAAAGGCCCUCAAAGGCAGAAGAAGCUUGCAGAAAAAACAGCAAAGGCAAACAAUGAUCGCUCAAAGUUUGAAGGCAACCGGGUGGACACCCAUGGAAACAUUCUGCUAACAUCGCUUGAAAUUCACAAUGAGGUGGCAAGCAAUGAGGUUACCACCAGCGUUACGGAUGCCCGAAAUUCAACGAUAUCCUUUGACAACUCAGGAAUCCAGUACAGAAAACAAAGCUCACAUCGCGAAAGCCUUGGAAGGCGUUCGUCAGAAAGAACAGGCUCCCACAGCAAGAGAGGCCAUUUACGAAGAAGGUCUUCGCAACUGAAAAUAAAAAUCCCUGAUCUAACAGAUGUGAAUGCCAUCGACAGAUGGUCAAGAAUGGUGUUUCCAUUCACAUUUUCUCUUUUCAACUUAAUUUACUGGCUAUACUAUGUUAACUGAGUGACUGAACUUUUUUAAAGGACUUCAAUUAUAACAAGUGAAGUACUACUUGCCUGCAGAGUUUAUAUAUAUAUUUAUAUAUAAAAAUAUAUAUAUAUGAACUUUUACUACGUAGACCAUACUCAUGUAUGUGUGAAUACAUGUAGCAAAGAAUUGUGUGUACUUAAAAGCACAUACUGCAAAGCAAAAGUAUAUGUAUGCACACACACAUGUACACAUUCGUUCUGAGGUUAUGGACACUUUAACAUAGAAGGCACUUCAGAGGAACUUUUUAAAUCAAAAGGCAGGUGUCAUCAAAACAACGAGCCUUGAGAAAGUAAGUGUUGUGUAUUAUCACUACAAAACUUUGAUUGUCAUAGAAAUUUUCAAACAGCUGUAAUCGUGUAUAAAGUCAGUAUUUAGUAACAUUGUUUGUAAAUGCUGCCAUACACACUAAUCAUAAAGCAGUAGAGUUACACUGGUAAGUUUAAAAUAAGUCAUUUAUAUUGCAGAUCCAUCAACUAUGAUUUCAUCAAGCCAAAUUUAUUUUUCUUUGCUAAAAUUUCUUGGGUUUAUAUAUUUCAUUAUACAAUUUUUCCCAGUCCUUAAUGGGCAUAAUUUUUAAUGAUCUCUUGCUUUCUCUUCUGCAGUAAGCAAGCUGAUCAUGGGAGUGUUGCUCUAGGUCUUUGGAGACAUAUACAUGUUCAUAAUAUUUCAAACAAGCAUUUUAAGUGUCCAUCAACAGUGAAAUGAAACUUUUGUAAGUACUGUAAAUGCACAGCACGAUUUCCUUCCCUUGGACUGGCUCCCGCUGCCAUGUCAUUUUGAAA